UGCCCAUUUCAAGAUCCUCACGGCGGAGGCAGCCAGUAACACCACCGACGGCGAUAACUCUCUUUUCUUACUCUUAUCAGUAUGAAUGCUAUUAGAGGAGGAGGAGGAAGAACGAUUGGUAAACAAACCCUAACAAACCUCUUCAUCCUCACUCAAUGCCCCCGGACUUUCGCCGCCGAUUCUCUUCUUCAAACGCCGUCCAUCACUCCCGUCGAUUCAUCGCACCUCCUCCGUGUCUGCACCGUACUUUAUCAACAACAGAACGCCCCAGAUAAAAAACUCCAUUCCAGACUCGAUCGUUGCGAUUUCAAUCUCUCCCACGAAUUCUUCCUCCAAGUCUGCAACAAAUUCCCCUAUUCAUGGCGACCCGUUUACCGAUUCUUCCAGUUCACCGAAACAAAGCCCCAUUUCAACCACACCUCCAUCUCACUCAACAAGAUGAUCGACGUCAUCGGAAAAUCACACAACAUCGAUCUCCUCUGGGGUGUUCUUCGCGAGAUUGGCCAACGUCGACUCGCCAACGGUAACACCUUUCGAAUUGGAAUCAAAACGUUAGCUUCGUCUCGUGAUUUGAGGAAAUGCGUUGAAUUCUUUCAUAUCAUGAAUAGGUAUGGAUGUUCUUACAGUUUAGAUAGACUGAACAUGGUGGUUGAGACAUUAUGCAAAUCAAAACAUGUUAAUGAGGCAAAACAUAUCGUCGUUAAAUUAAGAGAUUACAUUAAACCAGAUGGGAUCACUUAUAAACACUUAAUCUCUGGAUUCUGUGAAACUGGUGAUCUAAUUGAAGCCUCAAAGGUCUGGAAUUUAAUGGUGGAUGAAGGUUUUGAACCAGAUAUAAACGCGGUGGAGAAGAUGAUUGAAACCCAGUUCAAGAAGAAUCAAUUCGUUGAAGGUUUAAAGAUUUAUCAAAUGCUGACGACAACCAACAGGAUUAACGAUUUGGGUCUCUCUACAUACAAGCUUCUCAUAACCUGGUUAUGCAAGAAAGAAAAGUUUGGACAAGCCCACCAUGUGUUUGAAGAAAUGCGUGAGAGAGGAAUUGAACCAGAUAAUGCCAUAAUCGGUUCUAUGAUUUACGGGUUAUUAACAAAAACCAGAAUCAGAGAAGCUUAUAUGGUUAUGGAAAAGGUAGAGAAUCCCGAUAUAAACAUCUACCAUGGAAUGAUAAAAGGGUUUUUGAGAUUGAAAAGACGAAAAGAAGCUACUGAUGUUUUUCGAGAGAUGAUAAAGAGAGGUUGUGAGCCUAUAAUGCACACUUAUGUUAUGCUAAUUCAAGGGCAUAUGGGUAAAAGGGGAAGGAAAGGAGAUGAUCCUUUGGUGAAUUUUGAUAGUAUUUUUGUGGGUGGUUUGAUCAAAGCUGGGAAAUCUUUGGAGGCGACUAAGUAUGUCGAAAGGAUGAUGAAUAGGAAACUCGAGGUGCCGAGAUUUGAUUAUAAUAAAUUCUUGCAUUACUUUUCAAACGAGGAAGGUGCGGUUAUGUUUGAGGAUAUGUCGAAGAAAUUGAGAGAGGUUGGGUUAUUUGAUUUGGCUGAUGUAUUUUCAAGAUACGGCGAGAAAAUGGCGACCAGAGAUAGAAGGAGAGACAGAGAGAAAGUUUGCAUUGAUUCGACUUUGAAGUCGGCUUAUAAUAGUGGAGAAUCGGAGUAAUUCGAGAAAAGUUAUUUGAAAUGUUUUAUGAACUUUUUAAACAGUUGUAAACUAAGUUAGUUAUAAUUUAAACUAUGUUCUUUGAUUUAUAGUAUAGUUUUAAUA